GGACCGGAUCGACGGUUUUAUUUUGAAUCCUUUCGUACAGACUCUUGGAUUGUAUUCUGUGUCACAAGCGUAGUGCAAUGUACCACAGUUGCACGCAUAUCCAAGAUGGCUUUGUAAUUUGUUAAAUGUACCGGUUUGGAGGCUUGUUGCUGCUCAAUACAGCUUGCUUGCUCUCCUUCUUUGUGCCAAUCUGUUCCGUGUGGGAUGGUAGCUUUCUAGUAGACCCCCUUACCAAAAGACACCAAUCAGAAUCGUUUCCAUCAAAGCUUGUUUCACUUUUGCCAGAGUUGUGCCAUUGAUGCAGUGGCUCACUGUCGCGUGGAGCCUCUUGUUGCUGUUCACUUGUUCGUCUUCAAGACGCAUUCCCGCUCCUCUCACAGUACUCUCAUGCCCAGAUAAUGUCAAUGUAUUUGAUAACCAAAGAUGGAGGACGGUGCAAGUGGAAUAGCAGCAAUACUGUCAAUUCAAACCAUGAAGUAGAUUCUCGAAUCAUUGUUAGUGAUGAAAUGACGAGCAGCCAAGCUAUUUCUCAAUGCGCCAAAUCUAGGCAAAAUCUUACUCCCGAACUUUGCUCUAGCUCUGUCCAGGCUCACAACGGCCCACCCGCUACAAAUGCUAUCCAGGACAUUCAGCCAGGUCUUGUUGACAGCCCAGACACCAUUCGAAAGUCUCUGCAACACAUGAGGGUCGUGCCAGCUAAUACAAGUAUGGAAAUACAGCCUUCGCCGGUCACAAUCGAACACAGAAUAGAGAAAGAACGCGUUUUCACUAUUUUCUCUUCCCUCCCUAAGGAAUUACAGCUCCAAAUAUGGAAAGAAGCAAUCCUCAAAGAUGACAUCGGUCAUGUCACCGAAGUGUUCUACGUUUCCGAUUCAAAGACGGCACGACCCAAUCCUCGAUUCGUUCCAAACAGGCAACCUUCUCCCCUCUUUUUCGCCUGUCGAGUCUCACGUGAAGUGGCCCUUCGAGAAUUCAACACUCUUUUCUUGCAAUAUGGAUACAAAGAUCUCCACGCUGCACCUAUGCCCGUCUACUCUCGGUGCUCCGAUGUCAUUUAUCUUCAAUACAAGUCUGUAACCAAUCGCUCCCGCGACUUUACGCAAAAUUCUCUUGAUGCACCAUAUAUUGUCCUCAAUGUCGUCGACCAAGGUAUCACGAAGCUCGCGAUCAAUCUAUGUUAUUGGUCCUGCCAGGCUUUGCUCCGAGAAUUCGAUAUCUUCAAGAAGCUGAAUCAUCUGUAUAUUGUGGUUGAAGAUCCGGACGGUGCUGAGCCGCAUCGUUACAACACAGGUUAUGUUCCCAAGGGAAGGCGCUUGUAUAUGUGUAAAGAGCUUUCAGAGUCUAGAAAUAUUUCCUUGGAAGAAAGCCAGAUACUUCCUACAUUGAAACAGAUUUUUGCACACAUGCAAAAGGACGACCCAGGAUGGGUGCCGCCAACUGUGGAGGUGGUGUGCAUGAGGGAAUUGUGAAACAGUGAUGGAGAGGCAUUAAUUAGAUAAUACACGAUAGACACACGGUUCCAACGAUGGGCAUGCUCUGGGGGAAGAAAGUAGCGAGCUCAACAUUUGGGAACAGCGAUUUACCGAUCGACGAUGAUUCAUUCUCAAAUUAUGCCGAGAUAACAAAUUUUUUAGGUGUAAUUUUAAUCGAAGGAUUAAAGUUUUGAGAAUUCUGAUAAUAUUACGUCGGUGUGGCAAUGUCUCGAUAGUGCAAAUUCUGAAUGUGCGUCCCGCGAAAGGCAUUUGAUAAAAUUUGGGUUA